GCCUCCCGCCCGCAGCACAACCCACCAUGGCCUCGAGACUGGUCCCUUUUGCAUGCCGACUGGCCCCACGCGCCGCGCGACCGUUCCAGAGGCCUCAAUGGCGGCCGUUCAGCGUGUCGCGCCCGGCGGCGAGUGAGGGCGGCUCUCUCAACGUCCACCGCGACACGCCGCAGAACAACGCCAAGAUCCCCUUCUCUUUCACGCCGCAGAAUGAGGAGCUCAUCAAGGAAAUCGUCUCGCGAUACCCCUCGCAGUACAAAAAGGCCGCCGUCAUGCCGCUGCUCGACCUCGGCCAGCGCCAGCACGGCUUCUGCAGCAUCAGCGUCAUGAACGAGGUUGCGCGCAUCCUCGAGAUGCCGCCCAUGCGUGUCUACGAGGUCGCCACCUUCUACACCAUGUACAACCGCGAUCCCGUGGGCAAGUACCACGUCCAGGUCUGCACAACGACCCCAUGCAUGCUCUGUGACAGCGAUUCCGUCAUGAAGGCGGUCGAGGAUGUACUCGGCAUCCACCACGGCGAGACGACGUCAGACGGGCUCUUCACAUUUACCGAGGUCGAGUGCCUGGGCGCCUGUGCCAACGCCCCCAUGGUCCAGAUCAACGACGAUUACUACGAGGACCUCACAUACGACUCGACAGUCAACCUGCUCAAGGCGCUCAAGCACUCUUCCCAGGCCACGGGCGGAAGCGCAGGUAGCCUCAAGGUGCCGUCGCCAGGCCCAUUGAGUGGACGGAGCACUUGCGAGCCUGCCGGUGGCUUGACCAGCUUGACCAGCGAGCCCUGGGGCAACGAGACGCUGAGGAAGGACGGUGCUCUGUAGGGGAAAUGAAAAUUAGGCUGUAAAUACCAUUUUUCUCGCAUUCCGAGUAAUCAGUCUUGGGGUGUGUCACUACAGCAUCCAUGUCUAAUAUAUCUAACAGCAAGAAACUAUAUCCACACCUACAACC